UUGAUGCGAACCCAGACUUGCCUGAGGCGCGUGUGUCUUUCAACACCGGUGAGUCGCUGUCCCUCGUCCCGGCGGUGAAGCAGCGGGGGUCUGCGCCCUCUGCGCUGUUAUGCCGCUCUGAAUCGCCUCUUUGCGGGAACUAUCGACUCAGACAUGACUUCAGUCUGGAAAAGACUCCAGCGAGUCGGGAAGAGGGCGUCAAAGUUCCAGUUUGUUGCCUCCUUUCAAGAACUCGUAAUAGAAUGCACAGAAAAAUGGCAACCAGACAAACUGAGGGUGAUGUGGAUCAGAAGAAACAGACGUCACAGCACCAAGCUCCACAGCUGGCAGCCUGGUAUAAAGAACCCAUACAGAGGCCUGGUCAUUUGGCAGGUUCCAGAGAGUUUAAACAUCACUGUGACUCUCUUCAAGGAACCUACCGCUGAAGAGUUUGAAGACAAAGAUUGGACUUUUGUCAUUGAAAAUGAGACAAAAGGCCGUAGGAAAGUUUUAGCGUCAGCUGAUGUUAAUAUGAAGAAGUAUGCCAGUGCCGCCUCAGCUCAAUACAACUUAACACUGAAACUCAAGCCGCUGUCUGUGAAAGUGGUGGAAGCCACGCUCAUCCUCAACCUGUCAUGCAUCUUUCUGAAGGAGGGAAAAGCUACGGAUGAGGACAUGCAAAGUUUGGCCAGCUUAAUGAGCAUGAAGCAGAGUGACAUAGGCAAUCUGGACGACUUUAAUGACAGCGAUGAUGAGGCAGGCGAAGAGAGACGAGUCAGCUUUGGAACGGGACAGAGCAUCCAUGUCGCUGCUUCCUGCAGUGUGAGUGCACAAGAUCUGACUGGGAGACCUGAAAGUCAGUCGGGCCCCACAGUAACCGUUGGGAUGGACAGGAUAAAGUCCUCUGGCAUUUCCUCCAUACAUGCUCCCUUAUUUGAACCUGAAGGCCCUUCAAAUCCACACGUCUUCCUGCAAACUCACAUGCAACCACCAAGCCCCACCCAACCGGGUCGGCCUUCACCUCAUGCCAGCUCAGGGCUGACUUUUACACAUGCUCUUCCUCCAAUGCUUCCAAAAAUCUUUCAGUCAACUUCCAGAUCAGCCCUGCGAAGGCCCCAUAGCUUCCACAGUGAUGCCUUCUCCUCUGAUGGUGUGGUGGCCCAGUAUUUCUCAACACUCGUCCCUUCUAAAGCCCGCUCUACCUCUUCUCUGUCUUCAUCUCCAUCUGAUCCAUCUCUCCACCUCCCUGCUUUCUCUGACAGAUCACGAAAAGUUCCUCUAAGAACCUUCCCUCCUAUGCCUCCUGCUUCCAGGCAGUCCAAAGAUCGACCCACCUCAAUGGUGGAGUUGGGCUGUACCCUCACUAAGCCCACAAGUCUUCCAUCUGCCCCUGAGAGAGCUUCCUGGCAGACCGAAUGGAAGCCUCCUAAAUUUCAGGCCCCUCUAGCACAACCGGCCCUCUCCCCUAAGUUUUUGCGUCUUUCUGAAAGUCAUCCAAGAGAAGUUCUGGUGCUGCACAAAGAGCAGGGAACAGAAAUAUCUUCAUCCUGUUCGUCUGCAGCUCAGUCUGUGGAUCAGAAACAGCAGGGAGAGACAGGAUAUGUUUCCUCUGAGAGACCUCAUGGCAGUAUCUCUGUAGAGAACCGCUCACCCAGUUGUCAUAGUCCUUCAUCUGCCCCUCUGCUCUCUGUGGCUCCUCAUCCUCCCCAGCUACACAUAUUUGAAACAGUCAUAGUCUCCCCAAGUAGACAGGAAGCAGAGUUUAAGAGACAGCUGAGCACCCUGAGUGAGGAGGAGAGCCAGAGUUCAGGCCCUGCAGCAGCCAGCCUGAGGACAGGCUCCACAGCACCGGGGCAGAAAAACGAUGCACCAUCAGCAGUGGAGGUCAUCAAAGCUUCAGCAGGAGAUGAGAACAUGGUUUCACAACAACCUCCAUGCCCAUUCUUUACUGAAUCCAGAAAACUCAUUUCUCAAACUCAAAGAGCUAUUUCAGCACAUCAGUCACAAAAUGCUCCUGCUUUGGGAACCAUGAAGUGGCAGGAGCCUAAAGUGAGAACAUGGAAAUGUCCCUCAAACAGGGAGAAGCUUCUGUGUGUAACUACACAGGAACCUCUAGAAACAGAACUGACAAAAGAAUCGGCUGGUGUAGUCCCAACAACUAGUGCUUCCAUAGUGGUACACGCUGAUGACAAUGAAAAAGAAACUGUGAUGGAAAACCAGCUAUCUGUCUGCCAAACUGUUGAAAAUGAACUACAAAUUUUUGAAAACCCAAGCAAUGAGUAUGAUCCUCAGUCACAAGGACAAAUGAAACACAUGGAGGAUGACAGCUCCUCAUGUCCUAGUGCAGGUUAUUUGCCACAUUAUCCCAUGGCGGAAUCUUACAAUAAGCAAUUCAUUUUCUUGAAAACCUGUCCCAGAAUGACAAACAUACCUGGGAUGUCAGGAAUAUCACUAAGUAGUGAUGAAAAACACUGGCCUCUCAAUCAAAUGACAAUCUGGAACAAAGGGUUGCACAUAAAAGAAAAGGGACUACAACUCUCAUCAGGAGAGAAUAAAAACCAUGAAAAAGAAAGUGUCUUACUGGCACCAUGUUGCCCAAGGCAGGCUAGAAUUUCAGGUUUCCCAUCGGUGUCCCAAAAGAGUGGCAACAGUUAUUGUUGCACAAAACUAUCAAAGAAAACUGUUUUAAAUAACGAUAAACAGUCAGAAUCUCAACAGGAAGUGUUUAGAAACAAGACAAUACAAACUAAAGCUUAUACAAGUACAGUGUCACCAAAAGAGAACUGUGAAACUGAAGAAAAGAUGGCUCCAGAGGUCUUAAAGCAUUCUUAUACACCAGAUAUAGACUCAGUUGUACAGACUACUUUCACAUUCUAUCAAUCAGACAUCACCAUUUUAGGUUCUUGUCCAAUGAGCUCACCAAUUGCAGGCAUUCCAUCAUUAGCUAAUCAUAAUUUAAGUGAAAGAUGGAUUACAGAGUUCAAACUCUUCACAGUCACACAUCUUAAAGUUCGAACUGUCACAAUUAAUGACGUACCCCAUAAUAUAAAUAAUGCAGAGUCGGUAAAGGGAAUGACAGCCUUAGCCCCAACUUGUCCAAAACAAGCUUGUGCAUUUGGACUUCCAUCUGCUUCUGAACUUACUGACAUUCUCAAUGGAUCUAGUACGGUUAACCUUGUUCCAACCUGUCCUUCUGUCUCCAGAAUGGUUGGCAUUCCAUCUGUCCAAAAGCCUGACAGCAAAGAUUGGCAAAUCGGUAAUAAAUCAUUGUGGAAGAAAUUGUUAAAUAUUAGGACUCUAGUUCUGCUACAAAGCAACAAAACAAAGAAAAAAUGGAAAAGAAGUAUUUCUCUUUCACAAAGUUGCCCAUGUGAGUCAAAGAUUCCUGGAUUUCCUUCUAGAGCAAAUCCUAGAGUGAGUGAAAUUGAGACAAGAAAUAUGGUGGAUCUUUCAAGUUCUUGUGCAAAAAUCUCCCAGAUUGCUGGAUUUCCAUCUUUUCAUAGUCCAAUAAUGUGGACAGUAGGCAGAGAAACACUGUUUGAACCAAAGGUGAAAGAAGAACGAUUGUUCCUUAUUGAUCACCAUGACAGGGACAAGAGACAAGCAAAUGAAAUGGUUUCCCUCUUGCCAUCUUGUCCCAGGACUUCAAGAGUUAAAGGUUUCCCUUCGGUUCCCAAUCCCAAAAUGGAAUAUUAUAGGCCAAAUGUAGUCAGUCUCGUUCCCUUGUGUCCUGUCAUUUCUGGUAUACAAGGAUUCCCAUCACUAGAACCACAGAAUGAGGAAGGUUGGCCUGCUCACAUAGGUUCAUUGAUGUACAGGACACAAAGGACUGUUCAGUUUUGUUUUGAUUUAUUACCAAAUGUUGCAGACAAUGCAAAGGACAUGUGGCAUUUUGCUUCAUCCUGCCCAAGAGAAUCACUCAUUCCUGGUUUUGCAUCCAAACCACAAACCAGUGUGACUGAUAUUGAGACAAUAAGUAUGGUGGAUAUUUUGAGUUCAUGUCCAAAGAUCUCUCAGAUUGCAGGAUGUCCAUCAAUUCAUUGUCCAAAAUUGUGGACAGUAAGCAGAGAGACACUGUUUGAACCAAGAGUCAAAGAUAAACACUUGUUGAGUAUUGAGGCCCAUGACAGAGACAAGAGACAAGUGAGAGGAAUGGUUUCUCUCUUGCCAUCUUGUCCCAGGGUGUCAAGAAGUCAAGGUUUUCCAUCUAUUCCUAAUCCUAAAGUUGAGUAUUAUAAACCAAAUAUAGUCAGUCUCUUUCACUUGUGUCCUGUGACUUCUUGUAUACCAGGAUUCCCGUCACUGGAACCACAGAAAGAAGAAUGUUGGAAACGUGACUUAGGUUCAUUGAUGUACAGGUCACAAAGGACUGUUCAGUUUACUUUUGACUUCUCACCAAGUAACACAAACAAAAUGAAGGAGAUGUUUUGUUUAGUCCCAACUUGCCCAAAAGAUUCCCUCAUCCCUGGUUUUCCAUUUGUCACCCAAUGCAGUGUGUCAAGUCUUAAAUCUGAGGAACCCUCCAAACUCAAACUCAAAUCCAGCAUGGAACCUAAUAUAACUAAUUUUGUACCCUGUUGCCCUAUUACCUCAUCUAUCAGAGGAUUUUCAUCCAUGACUCCAGACUCAAGUACAGAAUGGCUAAAUGAAGCAAAAGUGAUACUAAUGAAACCUCAGGUCAAGCAUAAAAGUAUCUUCAUUCAUGAACAGGAGCAGCUAGAUUUAUACAACAGGAAAGGUAUGCUAACUUUAGUGACAUCCUGUCCCAAAAAGACCAGAAUUUAUGGCUUUACUUCUGCCCAAAAGGUAAAUCGGCCACCAGAUAUGGUCAGCUUAUACUCAUCUUCUCCAUGUGUUUCAUGUGUCCCUGGUUUUCCAUCUGCAAGAAGGCUUAGUUCUGAUUUUACAAAAACACACACCUGGAUCCCACAGAAUAUUGUCCUGUUCGAAAAGAAGCAAAAAGAGAAGGCUUGUCCUGCAACUUUGCCAGCAAUAUUGCUUCAUACACCAGAAAUUAAGUCUAUGGUCGCACUGGCUUCAUCAUGCCCACAUGUGGCUCAGAUUCCUGGAUUUCCCAGCUAUUUCCCAGUGAACACAGCUGAUUUGAAAGCAAAGGGUAUUCAACGUCUUUCUGCUGCUGAAGCAUAUGCUGCAAAUGUGUCCCAACAUGUGCAGUCAAAUCUCAACGAGAGCAGUGGCAUUCCUCUAUCAUGUGUUAGCAGUCAAAGCUCUGAAUUUUCUUAUGAAGAAAAGGGGGGUGCAAAGGAAAGUGUAGAUCAUUAUCUAUAUUUUGGCCAAUCACACAUAGAGAAUAAAACAGCAGAAGAAACACAGACAGGGAAUAAAUCCUGGGAUACAUCAGAGACAACAGGACUUUUUGGAUGGGAGGUUUUGGAGGCAGAUGGAUCAGUGUCUGAAAAAAAGAGAGAACUCUCUUUAUCAGCAAAUGCAGAAGAGACUUCUGGAUUAGUAAAGGCCCUUGUUGGUGUUUUCCACAAAGGUUAUGAAACAGUAGCAUCCAUCCUGGGCCCAUCUAGCUCUGCCGUAGCAGACGUUGACCCCCCAUUCGCUGUUCCUUCUGUGUGCCUAAAGGAAAAGACGUUAAUUCCUUCUGCUCCUUCUGCUGAGUUUUGGCCACAUUUCCCUGACAGCAGGUCUCCUCCACAAAAGACAGAUGACAAUUCUGAGGACAUUCACACUAAACAAGAAUAUCCAAUAAGUGUGGAACCGUACAUGUGGGACUUGGUGGAUGAUCAGUCAGUCUCUUCUCUAUCAACUACUGGCAUUGAGGACACACUUUUUGAUUCAAGUAUGAAUCGAUUUCCACUGGCAGAGGAGGACAACAAGGGUGUAAGAGAAGGUAGUGAAGGAACAGAUGAACACGAAUUACCUCUGAAUCAGGAACAUUCAAAGGAAAUAUUUCUGACUGAGCAGAACUAUGUUCAAAUAUCAAAAUACAUGGAAAGUUUGCUAUCAAAAGAUCAGGCUUAUGUAGAAGAAGAUGGAUUGAAAAUGAUGUUGUUCUCUCCUCAUUCGGAGAAAGGCCCGACACAAACGAGCUCAAAAGAACUGUCUGCAACUCCUCUUCAGCCUACAGAGAGUAAUGAACAAAGACAUGCAGAAUUUGAUUUACCCUUGGACCGAUCAGCGUGUGAUCAAGACAGUAAUCCACCUGACAUUGCUGGUCCUCAACAAGACAAAAAGCCAGUGAUUCCACCUGAACUGAAAGAAAGUUAUCAAGAGAUAUGCAUAGCUCCAAAAAGGCCAAACAGAAGGAGGGAUCAUUUGUUUCAUAAGCCUGUUCCAGGAGUUGUUCUCUCUGCCUGUGAGAAUUCUCUACAGACAGACAUUGUCCAGUCCAGCUGCACAAAACCUCACAUUAUUUCUGCUUUGGACAAUAAAGCACAAUGCAACACAGUUCUUUCACAAAACACACAGAAGAAAGAAACAGUAACAGAACCUUCUCUAACGACUGGCUUGUUUCAGAGUCCACCUCUACAGACAGAAACAGUGCUAGUUUGCUCAAAGGACACAGAACAUCCCUCUAGUGCUCCGGACCGGCCUAACGAAGACAGCACAGCCGGAGUUCAGGCAUCUUUUAAUACAACGCUUUCUUUGGAAGCAAAAGAAGUGAAAACCCUUCCCCCUGUUCCAGAGCCAGACGUAUUGCAUGAUGAGCACGCUGCCCCUCUUUCAAUCAUCAAGAAGAUUCAUCUUCCAAAGCGAGUUAGAAAAGCUGGGAGAUUGAGUAGUUACAAAGACCUCACUGCAGGAGAUGAUUCACAUCAAGUUUACCAGCUCCCAUUAGCUGGUAGCACAUUUGUUGAUAUAUCUAACACUACAAACCAAAAGUCAGAAGAUUCCAUUUUUAAGAAUCCUGUUCCAAAGCCUCGUGGAAGAAAACAUGUCAGUGGCUCCAGCCCAGACAAGUGUACUGCUGGAGUAGGUGCAUCUCAGGAAGCCCAUGGCAGAGAAGCACUGACAGCAGGGAGAAGCAGUCUGCUGAAUAUUCCUUCCAGACCUGAAGAGUUGCCACAAGCUGAAGAUUGUUCUGAUCCUGCAUUAAGAAGAACCAGAAUUACAUUUGUGCAAAGCACUCAUGCUGUAUAUGGUGAUACUUCAGAAAAAUCACCAGGACCCUCAUGUCUACCUGUACCCAAAGAAAGAAGGAAACAUUCCAGUGAUGCACUCCUACAGGACACAAAAACUGCUUCUCCUUCAGACAACGUUGCAGACGCUAAAGCAGUCCCAGAAAAUAAGAAAUCAACGUCACCUGUUCCAUUCUGUCAAGUCCAGAACGACCUUAGAAACACUGAUUUACCACUCAUAAACAAUUCAUCUUCCAUAGAAAUGGAAUUAUCUCAGACAAACUCAGAUGAAACAUAUGGCCUGAAAGUAGAGGGAGGUUCAACAUCUCUUAACUUGAAAUCUGAUGGAGGUUCAGUUACAAUCCAGGGCGAAGAAGAAGUUCUGUUGCAGUUGGAGAGGGAUGUGCUAGAAGCAAUGGAAGAAGUCUUUACUCAGACACGGUCCAUAGAGGAUACUAUGGAGGAUACUGAAGAGGUUCAGGAUGAAAUCCUGCAAGAUUGGACCUUUACAGAUGAACCACUUGUCACAAAAACCUUACAGAAGGAUGAGAAAGUAGAUUCAGAGAAGGAGAACAUCACAAAGGUCCUGGAAGAAGAGGUCAAUAGGUUUGGAACUGUCACUGUUUCUUCCUCUCAGGAUGGAUGACUGGCUGCAUGUAGAGCAUA